AUAGGAGACACCCUGAUGCAAGCACAGAGCUGGGGAAAGCCCAUGUACAUCAGCUUGGUCGGGUGGAAGGUGUUCCUGUGGCAGGGAGCUGGAGCGGGACUGAUCUUUAAGACCCUCUCCAACCCAAACCGUUCUGGGAUUCUAUGAAAAGGACGAAAAGAAGGAUCAGGAAAAUCCCAAGUUUGUGCUGGCACUCGGCGCCCAUCCUCCCCCACGUGCACUGCCUCCGCGGGGUCCAGCUUGCAGAUUCAUCUUCCCUGGGAGAUUAGCGACUAAUCUCCCCUUCAUCCGCCGUCUUUCUUAUCAGUAUCGGGAGCCAGACUGGAAAUUACUGCGUCCUGCUGGUCGCGGGGUCCAGCCCUGAUUAACGGGUGACCUUCUGCCGCUGGAGCAGGAUUGGCGGCCGCCGCCGAGCUCCCCGUCCUUCUUUCCCUCCCACCGGCCGCGGUGGCACGGCCGGGCAGAGGAUUCCCGUCCGCAACCGGGGGGAAGAUGCCCGGCGGUGGCCGGGGCGCGGCGGGAGCCACGAGCCGAGAACGACGCGCGCCGGGCCGGCAGCCGCUCUGCCUGGACAUGAGGACCCCGCGCCCAGCCCGGGGCUGAGCCGCCGCCCCGGCGCCGCCAUGGUGCUGCCCUACGCCCGCAACGGCGGCGGCGGCGGCGGCUGGCUGCCCCCCGAGGAGCCCCGCGGCCGCAGCAACUCCAUCCCCCCGGCGCAGACCCCCACGGCCAAGCACAUGCUGGCCUACCUGCCCCGGCCGCCCGCCGACACCAGCCGCUACGGCACCUUCCCGCAGAAGCCCGAUCUGCCGGCCGCGCCCGGGGCUCCGCUGGAGGACGGCGGGCAGAACGCCGCCGCCGCCGCUGCCAAGAGAGGCGCCGCGAUGCCAAACUACCCGUCCGCACCCCGUCACGGCGGCUUCGGCCCCGGGGAGCCGUCCCUGCCGCCGAGCCGCGGCAGCCUGAGCACCCAGCAGCACCGCGGCCGCCCGUCCUGGUGCCCGCCGCCCGCCCCGCAAGAGGCGGCCGCCCGCUUCUACCCGCUGCACGCCCUGAGCGUGGCCAACAUCCCCAACUCGUCCCGCGGCAAGACCUCCGCCCGCAGCUCCGCCGCUCCCACCCCGGAGGGGCUGCAGGGCCGGCGCUGCAAGCUGCUGGAGGAGGACGGCCCCGCGGCCCAGGCCGGCCGGCGGCAGCGGCAGCGCUACGUGACCAAAGUGGGCAAGUGCCAGGUGAAUCUGGGCAACAUCCAGGACAAGAAGAGGUUCCUCUCGGACAUCUUCACUACCAUCGUAGACCUCAAGUACCGCUGGUUCCUCUUCGUCUUCAUGAUGUGCUACGUCGUCACCUGGGUGGUCUUUGGCUUCAUCUACUUCCUGGACGCCUGGGUGCGCGGCGACGUGUGGCACCAGGGCGAUCCCGAGUGGCAGGCGUGCAUCGAGAACGUGGACGGCUUCGUCUCCGCCCUGCUGCUCUCGGUGGAGAGCCAGCGCACCAUCGGCUACGGCACGCGCAUGGUGACGGCCAACUGCGCCGAGGGCGUCAUCCUGCUGAUCGCCCAGUCCAUCGUGGGCUCCAUGAUCGACGCCAUGAUGGUCGGCUGCAUGUUCGUCAAGAUCUCCCGGCCCAAGAAGCGCGCCCAGACCCUCAUCUUCAGCAAGAACUGCGUCAUCUCCCUCCGGGACGAGAAGCUCUGCCUGAUGUUUCGUGUGGGGGACCUGCGGGAAAGCCACAUGGUGGAUGCCAAGAUCCGGGCAAAGCUGAUCAAGUCCCGCCAGACGGCCGAGGGGGAGUUCAUCCCCCUGGAGCAGUCGGAGCUGAACCUGGGCUACGACACGGGGGAGGACCGUCUGUUCCUGGUGGAGCCCCAGAUCAUCUGCCACGUCAUCAACCGCCACAGCCCUUUCUGGGACAUGUCGGCCGAGUCGCUGCGCCGGGAGCAGUUUGAAAUCAUCAUUAUCCUCGAGGGCAUUGUGGAAGCCACAGGAAUGACGUGCCAAGCCCGCACCUCUUACACGGAGGACGAGAUCCUCUGGGGAUACCGCUUCGAGCCCUGCAUGUCCCUGGAGAAAGGCGCCUUCCAGGUGGACUACAGCCGCUUUGAGAUGACCUUUGAGGUGCAGACGCCAGCGGCCAGCGCCAAGGAGCUGCAGGAGCUGCGGGAGCUGGAGCAGCAGGAGCACUCCACGCUCAGCCUGUACUGGGACCAGCUGGUGCAGCCGUGCGCGCUGCCGGGGCCUGGCGAGGACGCGCUGCUGGGGAUGGCUGUCCCUGCCAGAGCCCCUGGCGAGGAUGCCCUGCUGGGGAUGGCUGCCCCUGCCAGCACAGCCCAGGGCGGCCGGGAGGAGCCAGCGCAGCGGGACUGCCCUGCCUGAGCCCCCCCGGGCCCGGUGCCCCACGCCAACAGUGCCAUAGCCCACCCUGCUCUGUGGGGCCGAACGCCCCCCGCUCCCCCAGCUGCAGCCGCAGGGCAUUCUUUCAUUCUUUUUGUUAAGUUGUUCUUUUGUAACAAGGAAUACGAGGCAGCGGGUGAGUAAAGUCUGUUUGUGA